UUAUCAUCCUUGACCUGGCCCUCAUGCUGCUGAGGCUCUUGCUGGUGAUCUGUGCUCCACUCUGUGAACCUGCUGAGUUGCUUCCACGUCCUGUGCUGAAAGCUCAGCCCUCCAAGCCUAUAGAGGGGAGUUCAGUGAUCCUUACCUGUGAGAUCCAGUUCCUUCCACAGAAGUCAAAUGUACAGUUCCAGUUCUGCUUCUACAGAGAUAGCCAGCUCUUGGCGUCAGGUUGCAGCAGCUACCCAGAACUCCAGAUACCUGCCAUAUGGAAGGAAGACUCAGGGUCCUACUGGUGUGAGGUAGAGACUGAGACGCACAGCACCACAAGGAGCCCACGGUUUCAGAUCUAUGUGCAGAGAAUUCGCAUCUCUGAUGUAAGCUUGGUGACCCAGCCCCCAGGGGGAUGGGUAGUGGAGGGAGACAAGCUGGUUCUCAUCUGCUUGGCUGAUAACGGCACUGGAGACAUCACCUUUUUCUGGUAUAGAGGGGCUCUGGGUUUAAACCUGGAAACAAAGACCCAGCGUUCACUGAAAGCAGAGUAUGAAAUCAUCACCAUGAAGGAGAGUGAUGCCGAGCAAUAUUACUGUGCAGCUGACAAUGGCUACGGUCCCACUCUCAGUGGGCUGGUGAGCAUCACUGUCAGAAUUCCAGUGUCCCACCCUGUCCUCACCCUUAGGACUUCUGAGGCCCAGAUUGUGGUGGGAGAUGUGGUGGAGCUUCACUGUGAGGCCCUGAGAGGCUCUCCCCCUAUCCUGUACCAGUUUUAUCAUGAGGAUGUGAUCAUGGGAAAUAGCUCAGCCCCAUCCAGAGGAGGAGUGUCCUUCAACCUCUCUCUGACUGAAGAUCAUUCUGGAAACUACUCCUGUGAGGCCAAUAAUGGUCAUGGUGCCCAGCGCAGUGAGGUGGUGACUCUCAACAUCACAGUGCCUAUGGAGAACAGAAUCGAAAACCUCACUUCAAGAAUCCUUGAGGGACUGCUCGGCACCAUCAGUCUCAUCAUUGUGACCCUAUUAUUUUGCUACUGGUUCAAGAGAAAAAUAGGAAGAUGCUCAGGUGAUCCACUCAGGACCUUUCCCAACCCUGUACCCCAAGAACCAAGCUACCUCAACUCAUCUGACCCUGUGCAGCUACAGCCUAUAUAUGAAAAUGUGAAUGUUGUAAGAGGGGAUGAGGUUUAUUCUUUGGUGUACCAAAUCCAGCAGGAACAGGAACCAGCAGCAGCUGAACAUCUGAGAACACAUGGUGAGAAUAAGAUUCCCUCAGACAUCUACUCUAGGAUAAGGAAGGCAAAUGUUGUGGAUGUGGACUAUGAAGACACCAUGUAAAAUUACAGAAGUUUCUGCUCUUUGAAAACCAUCCAUGACCCUGAGCCUCAUACUCAAUACGACCUUUAAGAGAUUGUGGGGAGUCAGUUUUUUAGUACACCUCCUCCAGGUGCUUUUCUUCCUGAGAUGAUUCCUUCAUCUACUGCAAAAUGACAUUGGCACAAACCGUGAUGAAACCAAUAGGAAAAUCAUCUUAGACCCAAGAAUGAGAAGGACAUGCUACCAGAGUUUGAUUCCUGCUGGUCCUUUUGGGAAUUGGUCAAAUUGUGCACUUCUUUUCACAAGAGGAAAUAGGAUAGGAUAAAAGAAAUUGAGCUCUUGGAGUAGAAGGACAGUAAAACUUAGAGCACAUGAACACAAAAUUAGUCAUUUCUAGGACUGUUUUAUAAAAAGGAGCUGUGUCCAUCAUUUGUACAACUAU